UUUGCUUUUGCAGGUAAUGUUUGAAGAAUGGAUGGAUAUAAUACCUCCGAGAAUUCCUCUUGUGACCCUAUAUUGGCAAAACAUUUAACAUCGAUUUACUUCGUAGUGCUCAUUGGAGGACUGGUAGGUCUCAUCUCCAUCCUGUUCUUGCUGGUGAAAAUGAACUCACGCUCAGUGACCACCAUGGCUGUCAUUAACCUGGUGGUGGUUCAUGGGGUCUUCCUGCUGACGGUGCCUUUCCGCUUGGCGUACCUCAUCAAAGGGACUUGGACGUUUGGCUUACCCUUCUGCAAAUUUGUGAGUGCCAUGUUACAUAUCCACAUGUACCUCACCUUCCUGUUCUACGUGGUGAUACUGGUCAUCAGAUACCUCAUCUUCUUCAAGCGUAGAGACAAGGUAGAAUUCUACAGAAAACUGCAUGCAGUUGCUGCCAGUACUGCCAUGUGGCUCCUGGUGAUCGUGAUUGUUGUGCCCUUGGUGGUUUCUCAGUAUGGAAGUAGCGAAGAAUACAACGAGCAACAGUGCUUUAGGUUCCAUAAAGAACUUGGCCAUGAUUAUGUGCGAGUUGUCAACUAUAUGAUAAUCAUUGUUGUCAUAGCCAUUGCGAUUAUUCUCUUGGGGUUCCAGAUCUUCAUCACAUUGUCCAUGGUGCGGAAGUUUCGUCACUCCUUACUGUCCCACCAGGAGUUCUGGGCACAAUUGAAAAAUCUUUUCUUCAUAGGCAUCAUCAUCAUCUGUUUUCUUCCCUACCAGUUCUUCAGGAUUUAUUACUUGUACGUUGUAGCACAUUCCAAGAGCUGUAAAAGCCAAGUUGCCUUUUACAAUGAAAUCCUCCUGAGCACAACAGCCAUCAGCUGCUGUGAUUUGCUGCUCUUUGUCUUUGGAGGAAGCCAUUGGGUUAAGCAAAAGAUUGUCGACAUGUGGAACUGCCUCUUAUGCCAUUAGCCAAGAUUACCAUCUUCCUUUCUUCCAUUUGGGAAUGGGGGAAUAAGCAAGGAGCUAAGAAUGGUUUUUCAUUGCUUCAUUGAAACCUUGU